AUGGGCCUGGGAGCACACGAUGCGUUCUGGUUAUACGUCGGUGGCUGCUCUGUGCGCCACGGCGGUCCCACGACGGUGAAAAGAGCUGGAGAGCCGCAGAAGAACAGCCGACGAACAGCAUCGGCGGACAACAUCCAAUGGACACCAAUGCUCUCUAACACGACAGGUGGAUGGCUGCACAUGGCGGAUGUCGUUGUCGGUGAGGCUCUCCCCGUCCAGUCUCAGCCAUUGGUGGCAAGGUAUGGUGGUAUUUGCAUCUUGAUACGGCGUACGACUAUGGACGGCUGUGGGUGA